GGACGCACCUUAGCAAGAGAUCCAACUAAGUUGUGCGUGCGCGCUCCCGCGACAGAGGAUGCACUUCUCUGCAAACACCUCGUUCUCAGCAUAACACCGGCGGUGACAGGGUUAACGGUCACGUGAUCUCGAUGGUAUUAUCAACCCGAGGCAGUGUGGAGUCAGAGAAGUCUGUCUCAAGGGAACAAAGGCGGCGGUCAAUUUGAGAAGCAGUGGCACCAUGUUCAUGCACCGCACAGGCGGAGCAGCGCUGAGGCUCCAGCUGAGGAUUCCCGCCUCUCUGCUUGUGUGCGUCCUCGCGCUGCACUGUCUUCCCCGCGUGGUGUGUCCUCCAGCGCGCAAGCUGAGCACUUACAGAGCGUCACCGGUCUCUGAGAACAUCCCGUACCUGAAAGGUAGUAGGGCAGACUCACAACCAGAAGAAUUGCUGAGGAUGAGGAGUUUACCAGCAAACAUGUCUUUGUCAUGGAACAAACCACGCUGUGGCGUGCCAGACUACCCCACCCAGAGAAAAGUCCAUCAUCUGGGUCUGCACCGACAAAGACGCUUUGUGCUGCACGGAGGACAAUUGGACAAGAGGGACCUCACCUACAAGAUCAUCAAGUCCCCCCCCAACAUGGGGGAGGAGAUGGUGCGACAUAUCUUCAGAGAAGCACUAAAAAUUUGGAGUGAUGUUACCCCACUCACAUUCACCGAGGUCCACAAUGGGAAGACAGACAUCUCUAUUGAUUUCAGAAGGUACUGGCAUGGAGAAAACUUGCCCUUUGAUGGCCCAGGGGGCAUUCUUGCUCAUGCCUUCUUCCCCAAAACACACAGACAGGGCGAUGUUCACUUUGAUUUGGAUGAGACAUGGACCAUUGGGAAUCACUUGGGCACGGACCUUCUCCAAGUUGCCGCCCAUGAGUUUGGACAUGUCCUGGGCCUGCAGCACUCACCAGUGCCAGGAACCAUCAUGUCAGCCUACUAUUCCUUCUUGUAUCCACUUCAGCUGAGUGAGGAUGAUAAGCGAGGCAUCCAGUACCUGUAUGGUGUUCCUUCACAGGCUGCGCCCCCAUUCCGCGACAACCUGGAGACCAAUGACAUUGUCCUUAUGCCUGAUGUCUGCCAGACAGACUUUGAUGCUGUAUCUAUGAUUCGAGGAGAGCUGUUCUUCUUUAAAUCCGGUUACGUGUGGAGAAUUAGGGAUGGGCAUCUGGAAAGUGGCUACCCAGCAUUGGCAUCACGGCACUGGAGGGGGAUACCUGCAAACAUUGAUGCUGCCUUUGAGGACAAGUCGGGAAACAUCUGGUUCUUUCGAGGUGAAAAGUUCUGGAUGUUUGAUGCUGAGAGGCACAUCAGGGGCCCCGAGUCCACCAGAAGCUUGGGUCUGUCCGUAUCUGGGAUUCAGGCAGCGCUGCGCUGGGGUGCUGACUCCAACUACAACACUUAUUUUUUUAAGUCUGGCAGCUACUGGAGGUUUAGCCCGAGUGAGAACCGUGUGGAAUCGGUAUACCCACGCAGCAUGCAGGAAUGGAACGAUAUCCCAGAAGACAUGGAUGCUGCCUUCAGGGACCUCUAUGGACAUGCUCAUUUUGUUCGAGGGCAGCAGUACUGGAAAUUCAGCUCCUCCGGCAUGAACCUGUUGGAAGGUUACCCACGGUAUAUCGGCAUUGAUUUUUUUAGCUGCAGAAGCAUAUGAGCCAGGGGAAAAAAAAAUCAUUUUGAUGUUUUAAAAUCAAAAAGACCUUUUGGAAUCGAGGUUUUGGACCGAAGAGGACGUCUUUCAAAUCAGUAUAUGCUUUACUCUAUACAUUUUUGGAUUACAUUUUUUCCUCUCAGGAAACCAAGUAAUGUUCUUUUAGACAUGGUCGUAUACUGUGCAAUAUGCUCGUAUUUAUUUUGCCUGUUUUUUUUUUUUUUAAACAUGAGGCUGAGCAUGCCAGUUGUGUGCUACUUUGUUCUUUAAGGUUAAAAACAAGACAACUGGUUUACAAACAAGCCCUCAGCUAAUUGAACUCCUUUAGUUAGCCAUUGCGUGUACAUAAGCUAACACAGGGAGGUUUAAGCAGCAUAAAUGACACAAAAUCAAACUUUGUUGUUUCUCAUUAACAACAAAUACCAACAAGUCAUUUUACAGAAUAAGAGAAGCAGCAGGAGGACUUUUCUCUGCAGCACCAAUUAGAAAACAUGCUGUUUUUUUUAGAUCUCCAAGUCUACAGAUUUUCUUUGUGAUCCACAAACAACAACUGAAUCUUAAACUUUAGAAAACUCUCACUGAGCGUGUCCCCUUAUCCUCAAAAGGUUGCUGGAGUGCAAUUUUCCAUUUCAAAAAGUCAGAUUUCACACCUCAAGAUAUUUACAAUCAAAACAAUAAAAUAACAUUAGGAGAUUUUUUUCUUUGCUUGUAUUGGCAGAGUUCAUAGGUGGAACUCCUGCCCAAUCAUCCACUUUUAGAGCACUGGGAAGGGCAAAUUUUGUUUUGUACUAUCCCUCUCUGGUUGCCACAGAAGGAAUGAGAGGCAGCAAGUAAAAAAAAAGCUGAGGAAUAAGAAAUUAUCUUACAAAAUUGUCUUCUUUUAUUAAAAAUAAUUGUUUUAUACUAAGAUGAAAGUACCCUCACUUUAACUUCAUAAUUUCACUGUUGAGUUUCAUGAAUGUGUAGUUGGAAAAAACAGUGUUUUCAGAAGAACAGAAUCCUGCUUCCAUUAACUGGCACUUUUAUAAAUAUAGUGAAAACAUGAAAUUAAGCUUAUUUUUGCCUUAGAAUAGCAAAACUUUGAUUGUCCUUUUUCUGAUCAUCAGUCAUCAUUUUCUUCAAAACAGAAUUUUGUUUUGUUCUUGUUAAGACAGUUUCGACAAUUGCAUAACUCUAAAUCUAUAAUCCAAAUGUUUUGCUUACAUUUGUAGUUAAAAGCAAACAUGAUGUGACACAUCGUUGUUAAGCACAUCUGUGGAGUCCUCACCUAUAGUGUUCAGUAGAAGCUGCAGGGUGUCAUUUUGUACGCGUUCCAAAUUAUUAUGCAAAUUGUAUUUCAUCUGAAUGCUCUCCUCUGGGGUCCAGAUGACCCCACCCUCACAUUGGAUGUGAGGAUUUUAUGUCUGCCACGGACACCAGUGAAGAUAAAAAAAAUCCUUGAAAAAAAAGUUCAUCAUGCUCUCUUGUGGGGGAUCCAGGUGACCCCACUUUUAAUGUAAACAUGCCUAGGAUAGAACAAGGGUUACGUGGCAAAAAGAUACAGUUCUUUGUUUUUUGAGAAAAAUUAACAGAUGAAAUGGUGUAUGAGAGCUCUUUGGAUCACUGAAAUCUAUCUCAGAUACCUGCAAUCAUUAGUUUCCAGGUUAGCUCAAUUAAACAGACCAACAUUUUUAAGCAAUAUUUGGCUCCCAUCCUUCCCUGACCUCCACCCUAUUGAGAACCUUUGGGGCAUUCUCAAGCCAAAUAUCUGAGGGUGGAGUCAGUUCACAUACAACAGUUGUUCUGGGAGGAUAUUCUGCAAAGAAAUUCAAGCAGAAACUCUAAAAGUGCUUUCACACUAAACACGAUUCAACUCAAGAGCGCACCUGUGCCAUUGAUUAACCUUGAAACUCUCCGCCUCGGCCACGCGAAUGUAAGCAGACCAUUUUCAGUUUUUUAGAAUAUAUCAAAUGUUGUGUAACUCUGCUGUGUGUAAUAAUGUGAAAGGUUUAAAAGUUUUUAUUUUUGAAAAAAAGUACUUUUAUUUUUCUGAGGCUUGUUCAAUAACAAGUAAUGUAUACUCUAAUGAUUACUGGCUGGAAAAUUAUUCAAUCAUUUGCAUUGAGGAUUUUGAAAAAUGUAUAAUUUGCAUAAUAAUUUGGAAUCCACUAUAGAGUUUAUGCUGCUUCCCUGCAGGAGGUGCAUCCUUACUGAGGCUUCUUACAGAAGGCCCUGAUAAAGUCUUUGAAAUUGAUGUUUAGGGACACUAGAUGCAGCAAAUAUGAUACAUUUUGUCUUCAAAGAAAAAAUGUUAGCAAAAGAUUAAAUAAGUUUUUACUGUUUUUUUACUGGAUUAUUUAAUUAAAGUAAUUGUACAUUUUUACUUAAAAUUUGCCAUUUCUUUACCAUGUUUUUAAUUAUUUAAUGCUUUAGUAUAGUAAAAUCAAAAUGGCUAUAAAUAAUCAUGCCAGUUUUAUUUGUUUAUUGUAACCCUUCUGCUAUCCUAGGUAUGUUGACGUUGGGAGUGGGGUCAUCUGGACCCCAAGAGAUAGCCCACUGAACUUUUUUUUUCCUCUCCUGGAACAGUGCGCUGCCAGCACCGUCCCCAGCCUAGCCAAAAAUGCGUGGUUUCUCCGCAGAGCUAACGGCGCUCAGCAAAACACUUUCAUUUUAAAUGCAUAAUAUCAAUUUUGUCUUGUCUUCAAUAAAUUUCAAGUCUAACAGGUGUUCAUUACUCUGAAUGCCAGGCUUCUUUAAGAUGCACACACAGACCCUGGUCAGGUACAAUCGGGUAAACGUGGGGUGUAUUUGUGUUGUGAACCAGUGUAGUGAUGGUUCGGCCAACUAAAGGCAAGCAUCUUAGCAAGAGUUUGGAUGUUGUUUGUUUUCGUGGGUGAAACACAGACAUCGUGCUGAGGCUGGCUGCAGGAUGACAUCAGGAAAUGGAUCACACAUCAGUGUAAGGGUGGAGUCAUCCGGAUCCCAUAAGAUAGCACGAGGGAUAUGUUCAUAUGAAUUUGUAAUGUAGAUGCACUAUAUAAAUCUGUCAAAACACAGAUUACCCACCAGUGUAGGGCAGCCACAAUUAGUCGUAAUUACAUCGACUAAUAAAAUGGUCGACAGCUAAUUUUCUAGUCGACGCGUUGUUUCGUUUUUUUUUGUUUUUUCGUUUUUUUUUUUAUUACUGCUUUCUAAUGCCAGGUCUGCCACUCUCUUUGACACACAAUCACAGUAUGUGUGUGCUGUGCUUGGUUGCUACACAUGCUAAUCCGGUCAGUAGUGAUGUCACAGGAAGUUCUGGGAAGGCUGGUGUACCAAAAAAACAUGCCAACAGAGCUUGAAAAUAUGGGAAACAAAAAAUAAAAGUAAAAGAAAAAA